AUGACUGUGACAUACAGAGAACUAUGGACAGUAGCAAAGCCCUGGUUGGACACUCAUUGUAUUCUCGGAGAGGGUCCCUUUUAUGAGGAGGAGACACAUUCGCUGCGCUUCGUCGAUGUUAAGAAGAGGCAGCUCCAUACUGUCUCACUGGUUGAUGGCUCCCCCUUACGUCCGCUCAUCCAGCUUGAUACUGUUCUUACAGUAACAUCCGAUAUUGAAGGCAUAGACCCCUACCACAAGAUCCUUAUCGGUGUUAAAUAUGGCAUUGCCAUUUUGGACCGUCAGUCGGGUAGCUACGAAAUGGUUGCGUAUUUCCGUCAGCCGAGCAAUGAGCGUCUUCGCAGCAAUGAUGGUGCUGCUGACCCAAAUGGUCGUUUCUGGUUAGGUAGUAUGACGGAUUUCGAACAGGGAGAAUUUCUCUAUGAAGGCUCCCUUUGGUGUUUUAGUGCCAGUAAUGCAGAGGAAAUUGAGAGGGGUAUCAAUGCCCCCAACUCUAUUGGCUGGUCACCUGAUAAUAAGACGCUGUACUGGACACACUCGAGAAAACGACAGGUCCUGGCCCGUGAUUACGAUCCAGCAACAGGCGUAACAUCAAACCAGCGGAUCUUUUACAAUCACCAGGGCAACGGUGAACCAGACGGUUUCCGUAUUGACGUGGAGGGAAAUAUAUGGCAGGCAAUUUACGGCGAGUCUCGGGUGCUUAAGAUAUGUCCCAAUGGUAGUGUGGUAGGGGAGAUCCGCCUUCCAACACGAUAUAUUACUUGCGUGGAAUUUGUUGGUACUGAGCUAUUAAUUACUUCAGCAGCUGAUGAGGAUGGAAGUGAUGAAAGAAGCAUACGCUAUGGAGGCUCAAUAUUCCGAGUGGAUGUUGGGAUAGCAGGGGUACCGCUUUUUAAAUACAAGAUGUGA